AUGGCGCCUGUCACCAUCCUGGCGCGCCUAAAAUCUUUGUACUCAAAGCAUCAUGAUGAACCGGCCAUUUCGGUCCAAACGGCCGCUUUUUUUUCGAUUCUUCUGACGCUGGUCUAUGUGGUCCCAUUCUAUGUCUCUUCCACCACUCGCCCGUCGCCUACUCUCAGCCGCGAUGCUCCGUCGGUAAUUCGGGCUAGAAUCAGGGCCGUGACUGCUUCUUGCAUCGUCAGCACCUUGGCUGUUUUUUGGUUAAUAGUUGCCAAGGAUAAUGCCACCCCGUUAGAAGCUCUUAAACUUCUCGGGUGGUGGCCUAUUGGCUUCAUAGAGGUCGUUCGUGCUUUGGCCCUAACGGCUAUACUGUUCACCGGGCCUCUUUUUGAACGAGGGAUUGCCGAAGGCGAAUGGAGGGACUGGGCCAGAGGACGUAGAGUUUCCGAGACCCUUCGAGGCUGGAUCGGAUGGAGAAACUAUGUAGCUGGUCCGAUCACUGAGGAGAUCAUGUUCCGCUCGGCCAUCGUGCCUCUCCAUCUCCUUGCCAAGGUAUCUCCAGGCCACAUUGUUUUCAUGGCCCCUCUCUAUUUCGGCAUCGCCCAUGUGCACCACUUUUACGAGUUCCGCUUAACUCACCCUGACACCUCGGUCAUAGCGGCCCUGUUCCGAUCUGUCUUUCAGUUCACUUAUACCACGAUCUUUGGCUGGUAUGCCACCUUCCUUUACCUUCGCACUGGGUCGAUUCUAGCUGCCAUCCUCGCCCACACCUUCUGCAAUUGGUGUGGUCUUCCUCGGCUAUGGGGCAGGGUCGAGGCUGGAGUGCCUCUGGGACCACCAUUGGCUAAGGGGAAGGAAGAUCCGGACGGUUAUCCCGUAUAUGAACACAGCCAACUGGGAAUCAGUUGGAGCAUCGCAUACUAUACCUUCUUGGUGGUGGGAGCCAUUAGCUUCUAUUGUGCGCUGUGGCCUUUGACUGAUUCCCCUAAUGCCUUGGAUAAUUUCGCCGCGAAAUAA